CUGGGAGGAAACAUGAAGCCAGUGUGGAGCUGCUGGAUUUGAUAAUGAACCCUGAGAGGGAGUUUUCAAAAAGAAAACGUGAAGGAGGAGCUACAAGAACAGGGAAGAAAACCCUACAACAAAACACUUGUUUAUUUUUAAAAGAAGAAAGGAAGAAAGAGAGAGAGAGAGAGAGAGAGAGAGAGUCAGGGUUAGACUGUUCCACCGUGGGGCGGAGUCUGGGAGCGCACACACACACACACACACAGUGCCAACCCGGCGACGAGGUUGGGCCUGCAGUGCCCUGCUGCAACCCAGGAAUAAAAAGACACCAUGGAGCUGGAGAACAUCGUGGCCAACACCGUCCUGCUGAAGGCGAGAGAAGGAGGGGGUGGGAACCGAAAAGGCAAGAGCAAGAAGUGGAAACAGAUGCUUCAGUUCCCUCACAUUAGCCUGUGCGAGGAGCUCCGCCAAACUAUAGAAAAAGACUACAAUAGCCUGUGCGAGAGGCAGCCAAUCGGGCGCAUGCUCUUCCGCCAGUUCUGUGACACCAGACCGGAGCUGAGGCGCUGCGUCAAGUUCCUGGAUGCUGUGGCUGACUAUGAAGUAACCCCAGACGAAAAGAGGAAGGUUUGCGGACAGGAGCUCCUUGAAAAGUAUUUAAAUCCAAAGUCAGAGGACCACGUCCCCGAGGUGGCGGAGGAGAUGGUGUCUCAAUGCGCCGAGCGCUUGGAGCAGGAGGCGUGUAAAGAGCUUUUCAUGGAGUGCACCAAACUGAUCCAUGACUACCUGAGCGUGGCCCCUUUUGCCGACUACCUCGACAGCAUCUUCUUCAACCGCUUCCUCCAAUGGAAAUGGCUCGAGAGACAGCCAGUUACAAAAAACACAUUCCGUCAGUACAGGGUAUUGGGAAAGGGCGGGUUUGGUGAGGUCUGCGCGUGCCAGGUCCGGGCAACAGGCAAGAUGUACGCCUGCAAGAAGCUAGAAAAGAAACGCAUCAAGAAGAGAAAAGGCGAAUCCAUGGCUCUGAACGAGAAGCAAAUUCUUGAAAAAGUCAACAGUCGGUUCGUCGUGAGUCUGGCGUACGCCUACGAGACGAAAGAUGCACUGUGCUUGGUUCUAACGCUGAUGAACGGCGGAGAUCUCAAGUUUCACAUCUACCACAUGGGGGAUGCCGGCUUUGACGAGAAGAGAGCUGUGUUCUACGCUGCUGAGAUCUGUUGUGGCCUGGAGGACCUGCACCGAGAGAGGAUAGUCUACAGGGAUUUGAAACCGGAGAACAUCCUGUUAGAUGACCAUGGUCACAUACGCAUAUCAGACCUGGGCCUGGCUGUGCAUGUACCAGAGGGACAGACAAUCAAAGGGCGCGUAGGCACUGUGGGCUACAUGGCUCCAGAGGUGGUGAAGAACGAGCGAUACACGUUUAGUCCGGACUGGUGGGCUUUGGGGUGUCUGCUGUACGAGAUGAUCGAAGGCCAGUCACCCUUCCAGCAGCGUAAAAAGAAAAUCAAGCGCGAGGAAGUGGAGCGACUCGUCAAAGAGGUGGCCGAGGAGUACUCCAACAAGUUCUCGGAGGACGCCAAGUCCCUCUGCGAAAUGCUUCUGGCCAAAGACCCGAACGAGAGGCUCGGCUGUCAGGAAGGUGCCUCGGAGGUGAAGGCUCACCCGAUCUUCCGCUCUAUCAACUUCAAGCGACUGGAAGCCGGCAUGCUGGAAGCCCCUUUUAUCCCUGAUCCUCAGGCCAUCUACUGUAAGGACGUGCUGGACAUCGAGCAGUUCUCCACUGUGAAAGGGGUGGAGCUUGAGCCCAAAGAUGACUCCUUCUACAGCAAAGUGUCCACUGGCAGUGUUCCCAUCCCCUGGCAAAACGAGAUGAUAGAGUCCGAGUGUUUUAAAGAACUGAACGUGUUGAAUCUGGACGGCUCCGUGCCCCCGGAUCUGGACUGGAGAGGACAGCCGUCUCCUCCGCCCAAACAGGGCCUGCUGCAGAGACUCUUCGGGAGACAGGACUGCUGUGGGAACUGCAGUGACAGCGACGAGGAGCCGACGAGGCUCUGAGGGCGUGGCCAGGCCCAGGCUCCUCCCCCCUUUGCCACAGCGGAGGAUCUCAUUUUGUUUACAACUUUUGCACAUUUGUAUUUUUAGGAUAGCUCUAUAUAAACAUUGGAAUGUAUAUUUUCACUCUAUAGCCAUGCGGUCGAUGUUAUUUAAAGUCAACGGAAAAGGAAAAGAAAACGGAUCAGCGUCCAUCGUUACAGCAGAGUAUUUCAGAGACAGUGUACAUCGACACGAAGGCUGAGCGACCCAAACAGCCUGGUCCCGUCUGAUCAGCCUGCCAACCGCCUCCCUUUUUUGCGCCGCCUCCCUUUUUUCCUUCUUCUGUUUUUAAACUGUUGUUUGUUGUUGUUUUUUUUUUAUUUUUCUUUAAAUAAACCACAUACAUGUACAGUGUUUUUUUUUUUUUGCUCAGCCAAAUUCUUUCAAAUAGGUAAGACAGAUGGAAAUUAUGUUCACAGAUAUUUUUAUAUUUAUAUAUGUUUUACGAUUUUUUUUUCUUAAGUUUUUUUUUUUCUUGUGGUAAUCUUGACAAUCAAAUGACCAUUUGUAUAAAACUUUUGAUGUGUAGGGGUUCGAAACACAGCGACACGACGUGACUGAAGCGACGUGACACAGACAGAUUUUCUUGUCUUUAGGUAUAUACAAUCCAAACGUUUCUAUCCGAGGUCUCAGACGUAGAGUACGCGUGAGGGUUCGAGCUAAAUCAAGACGCCAGGCGUCAUUUCCAAGUACACACGUGCACACGUAUUUGUCCAAACAAACCCACUUGUGUUAUGCUGUAUGUAAAUACGCGACACUUACCUGUAAAGCCCUCGGUGUGUCUUCCUGCUGAUUUCUCUCUGGAUAUUUGGAGAAAUAAUCAUUGUUAGUGUUUUAGGUGGUCAGUAUGUUGCAUGGUGAGUCUAUGCAUAAACCAUCUUGCAUUUAUAAUGCAUUUACAUCUUCAUCUUCGUUACUCAUCGUUCGAUUAAUCAUGAUUACUGCGUUGUGUUUAUCAGGACUCGUAACUCAUCCUACCUACCAUGCAUCAUCGUCGUGAUUUUGUGCAUAUGAGUUGAUUUAUUAUGCAUAAUGUCAGGCUGUUUUUAAAGGGUUGUUGCUGCUUUUCCCAAAAUUUGGGUCAAAGAAAUGAAAACCACAAAUUUUAUAUAUAUAUAUAUACACACAACCCCGAUUCCAAAAAAGUUGGGACAAAGUACAAAUUGUAAAUAAAAACGGAAUGCAGUGAUGUGGAAGUUUCAAAAUUCCAUAUUUUAUUCAGAAUAGAACAUAGAUGACAUAUCAAAUGUUUAAACUGAGAAAAUGUAUCAUUUAAAGAGAAAUUAGGUGAUUUUAAAUUUCAUGACAACAACACAUCUCAAAAAAGUUGGGACAAGGCCAUGUUUCCCACUGUGAGACAUCCCCUUUUCUCUUUACAACAGUCUGUAAACGUCUGGGGACUGAGGAGACAAGUUGCUCA